GGCGUUACUGGGAGGGGACGCGGAAUCUGCAGAGUCCUGCAUUAUUGCGCACCUGGCUGGCCUGUCUUCCGUACCGCUCAUUGGCAUUGCCUUGACGCUCCCACCGAGCGUAGGGCUCUCGUCUCCCUCUGACAUGCAUCAUCUAGGUACCCAGGUUGCCGCGCAGAUCCCAUCGCUGCUGUACAUUGGCCUCGAGUCACAGGGCGGUAGAUCCCGCUGGACUGAACAUUCAUACACGUGGUACUCUGUACUUCACUCUGAGAAUGCUGACCACCCACAAUUCGCGUUGCUCCCGCCCUGGCAGGGGGACUUCGUCGAGGACGAACUGCUUGGUACACCACGUGACCAGACUAAAAACCUACCGGGAAAGUCGUAAGUAUCUCACCAAUGGGACGCAACUUCGUGCAUUACUGGAAUACGAGCUUUUCAUUUGGCGUCGAUUCACCCAGGUCUCGGUAGCGUAUCACUGUUUCACUGUGUAUAGGUA